AUGGCUCCAAGAGAAACUAAGAAGAGAACUACCAGAAAGAAGAAGGACCCAAAUGCUCCAAAGAGAGCUUUGUCCGCCUACAUGUUUUUCGCUAAUGAAAACAGAGAUAUCGUAAGAUCUGAAAACCCAGAUGUCACUUUCGGUCAAAUUGGUAGAUUACUAGGUGAAAGAUGGAAGGCUUUAACCCCAGAAGGUAAAAUACCUUAUGAAGCUAAGGCUGCCGCUGACAAGAAAAGAUAUGAAUCUGAAAAGGAAUUAUAUAUGGCUACUCGUGCCGAAUAA